AUUUUAUUUAUUUUUUUCCUUUAUUUGGGGAGGAGCCUCAAUGAGUCAAUGUUCUUUCCUCCUCCGUUGGGACUUGGGAGUAGCAGACGCCAUAGCAGCAUUUGUUGAAGGAGAGGAUGGGGAAGAGCAGAAUACUGGUAAUCGGGGCGACUGGAAAUCUAGGGUUUCAUCUGGCCAAAACUAGCCUCGAAUUCUCUCAUCCCACCUUUGCUCUUGUCAGGGACUCUGCAUCCUCUCACCCUGACAAGUCUCAGAAGCUUCAAUCCCUUUCCUCUGCUGGAGCCACAAUUCUCCAGGGUUCUCUCGAAGAUGAAUCGAGCUUGAUUGAAGCGAUAAAGCAGGUGGACGUGGUGAUUUGCGCUGUUCCAGCGAAACAAGUUCACUUGCAGAGGCAUCUUGUUCGAGCCAUAAAAAAAGUUGGAUCCGUCAAGAGGUUCAUUCCUUCUGAAUUUGGAUCAGAUCCAGACAGGGUUCAGAUAGUAGACAUGCACUAUGACUUCUAUUCGAGGAAAGCUGAAAUUAGGCGUCUUAUAGAAUCAGAAGGCAUACCCCAUACCUGUGUAUCUUGCAAUUUCUUCAUGAGUUAUUUACUUCCGUCACUGCUUCAACCAGGCCAAAAGGUUCCUCCUAGGGACAAAGUGACAAUUUUUGGAGAUGGAAAUACUAAAGGUGUCUUUGUGAAGGAAAGUGAUGUUGCCACCUUCACUAUCAAUACAGUGGAUGAUCCACGUAUGCUUAAUAAAGUGCUGUAUCUGAGGCCUUCAGGAAAUGUUUACUCCGUGAAUGAACUGGUCAAGAUUUGGGAGAGUAAGAUUGGGAAGAAGCUUGAGAAGUUUUACGUGCCAGAAGAAGAAGUUCUUAGGAAAAUUAAAGAUACUCCAUACCCAGAAUGUUUGGAACUCAUUUUUAUAUAUUCUGCUUUCAUUAAGGGAGAUCACACGUACUUUGACAUCGAGUCAUCUGGCGGGGUCGAAGGAACACAGCUGUAUCCUCACGUUAGAUACACGACAAUCAGUGAUUACUUAGACACCCUUUUGUGAGAAUAUUUAAGAUCACUGCAAUCAGUGAUUACUUUGACACCCUUUUGUGAGAAAUGUUUAUAAUUGCUCUGAUAAAUUAGUUUAUUUGCCAA